UCCUCUCCCUCUUUCCUUCUGUUGUGGGCUGAGCUAGCUGUGGCGAGGGAAGCAGCACAGGUUGUGGAGUUACAGUAUGCUAGACACUUAAGAGUCUUGACAGUCAGGCUGAGUUUGACAAAGCUUGAAAACUCAGCAGACACCAGAGAAAAAGAGGCACAGGGUGAUGGUCAGCUUGGAGACGCACAGGAGCUGUUUGAAUCAACCAAUAACUGCUACAGAAAAGUUUGAGAUACUAAGAGUUGGUUACAGCAACAGCUACACCUUAAACAGGAGUCCUUGAGACUUUUUGUUGCGAUCGAUUGCUUUGGGAAGAGUGCUGGAUUGACUGGAAAACUCCAUACUCCAUACAUCAUCUACAGUGCUGCUUGAGACACAGUACAGAACAUCUGGAACAGAGUUUGAGUUUUUGGCAAAGACUGGACAUCAUGUUUGACUGUGUGGAGGCUCUUGGGGUAAGGGCCAGACCCCUCUUUGACGUAUCCGCUCAGAGUUCAUGCAUGCUCAGGAAAGCAAGCUCCUUCUUCCCUGGGCUAGAACCUUUCUCAUGGACCAACAACACUAGACUGCAGUCGGUGGAGACCCAGAGCACAAGCUCAGAGGAGAUGGUUCCCAGUUCUCCUUCUCCACCCCCUCCUCCUCGUGUCUAUAAACCCUGCUUUGUGUGCCAGGACAAAUCUUCUGGCUACCAUUAUGGGGUCAGCUCUUGUGAAGGCUGCAAGGGAUUUUUCCGUCGCAGUAUCCAGAAGAACAUGGUGUACACCUGCCACAGAGACAAAAACUGCCAGAUCAGCAAGGUGACACGAAAUCGCUGUCAGUACUGCCGGCUGCAGAAGUGCUUUGAGGUUGGCAUGUCUAAGGAAGCGGUCCGAAAUGACAGGAAUAAGAAAAAGAAGGACAUAAAAGAAGAGGUGGUUCUUCCGGAAAGCUAUGAGCUGAGUGGAGAACUGGAAGAACUUGUUAAUAAAGUCAGCAAAGCACACAGGGAAACCUUCCCUUCACUCUGUCAGCUCGGGAAAUACACAACUAAUUCCAGUGCGGAUCAUAGGGUUCAGCUGGAUCUUGGGCUGUGGGAUAAGUUCAGUGAGCUCUCCACAAAGUGCAUUAUAAAGAUUGUGGAGUUUGCUAAACGUCUGCCAGGUUUUACUUCACUCACCAUUGCAGACCAGAUCACCUUACUGAAAUCUGCCUGCCUUGAUAUACUGAUGUUACGGAUUUGUACUCGCUACACACCAGAACAGGACACUAUGACCUUCUCGGAUGGACUGACCCUCAACAGAACACAGAUGCACAACGCUGGCUUCGGUCCACUCACAGACCUGGUGUUUGCUUUCGCCGGGCAGCUCCUGCCUCUGGAGAUGGACGACACAGAGACAGGGCUCCUUAGCGCCAUCUGCCUCAUCUGCGGAGACCGCAUGGACCUGGAGGAACCUCAUCGGGUGGACCAGCUACAGGAGCCUCUGCUAGAGGCGUUAAAGAUCUACGCUCGCCGCCGACGCCCCAACAAACCUCACAUGUUCCCACGAAUGUUGAUGAAGGUCACUGACCUCAGAGGCAUCAGCACCAAAGGAGCGGAGCGAGCCAUCACUUUAAAGAUGGAGAUCCCAGGCCCCAUGCCGCCUCUGAUCAGAGAGAUGCUGGAGAACCCUGAGAUCUUUGAAGAGAAAUCUGACUCUAAAGAUGCUGUUUCGGCCCCCCUGCCACCUCCCGCCAUCCAGGCCAUCAAACAAGAGAGGGAUGAGGAAUCUGCUCUGGAGGAUGAAGAAGAUGAGGAUGAUGAGUGUGUGGAGGAGGGACGGGACCAAGCAGGGGACAGUGAGGAUGAGGAAUGGGGACUCCUGCAAGUGGACAUGGGCGGAGCUAGAACGAGUGCGGCAGGAAGAGCACAGUGACCGCUGGACAUACAGACAACAGCCACAAACAUUUGAUAUCAGACACCUGAUCAGUUGCUACGAACAGAUUCAUUCAGUCAAACAAACAACAUUUACUUUCUUCAUAAUGACUCAAAAAUAUAACCUUCAUAUGACAAAAAAUAAAACAAAGGUUUCCCUCAACUAUCCAAAAGCAGAAGAGAAGAAAUGGAUCAUUAAAAGAGAAAACCUCAAGAACGUGCCAGCACUGUUACUUCAGACGGUGUGACUAACUGAACAGAGGGAAGAGAGAGUGCAAGACCAGAGAAUGAUACACCAUCGUGCCAUAUCUGGAAGUUACUUGUUGUAAGCAUUUUUUGUACUUUAUUUGGAGAUGCCAAAUAUUUGAGAAUGCAUCCCAAAGCCUUGUUGUGUAAGGGAAAUAUUUUUCAUGACUGUAUAUGGAUGCACAUGCAGAAUUGAUCAAUGAUGAAAAAAAGGCAAACAACCACAUACAUGACAGUGGUCUAAAAACUGUUUCAAAAUGUACAUUUUUCUGUAUAAUGUAACUUGAUGUUUCAUUGUCUCAGUUAUAUUUCAUUUUGUAUAUUUUCAGCAACUCUUUGUUUCUUUCAGUAUGUUUUAUGUGUUAUAGACAUAUUCCAAAUUCACAGCCAUACAGCUCUGCGUCUGAAAUUGACACUUACACCAGCAUUAGGGUGUUGGGCAUUAGAAGACUGUAAAAUUACAUUUUUAGAUUGACAAAAGAGUAAAUUAAAUUAUUACAAACCAAACAUUUCACUCAGGGCAAAUCAAGGACCAACGGUUGAUCUUCUAGUCUCAUAGAUUAGAAUGUGCAUGCACUAUUCACAUAUAUUUUAUCUUCAGCUAUGCUAUAUCGUUAAGCAAAAAGUAACAUUAAAAGCUGAAAUGUAACAUUUUACUCUGGGAUCUAGAAGAGUUGCAUGAUUAGGUAUUAAAAGCAAUAACAUGAUGAUAUGUUAAACAAAGAAAGAGAGUCAAAUAUGAGCUGAGCAUCUCAGCAACUAUGAGUGUGCACAAGCUGUUCCUGUCAGUUUCGUAAUAACUGACUAUAAAUACAUUCAUUUCUCUGAGGUGUGUGCACACCACUGAUAACAACAUUAUACCUCGUCAAAAAACAGAACAGUGUUACAGAACAAGUCAUAAGCUUCUGUUUGCUGCAUAUAUAGACGCAGUACUGUAAGAUAUUUGGGAUAGAGCCAUGUGGUUUAAGAUUGUAAGCUGCGUGCAUUUGUACUUGCAUACUACAUGCUUAAAAGUGUCUUUUUUUCCGCUUUCACCUUUCUACUCUUUAUUUACUUUUAAACCAUUUUAUUUGAAUGCAUCAAAAGGACAUCUCAGACUUUUCAACCUUUUUUGUAAUGCUGUUAUCUUAAAAUAUUUUCAAAUAUAAACAAACACAUCAUAGGCCGCACAUUUAUUUGUAUUAUUAUUUAUUGCUUAUUUAUCCUCAUCUUGUUAGAUUUUUGUUCUAUCUGUAGUCAGUGAUGCACAUGAUGAACUGUGUUUGCUCCCAGAAUUCCUUGUCUAUCUCUAUAUUAACAUCCUCUCACAGUGUGGAGGAGUCUGUCUGUAUGUACCACCAAUGUAUUGAUCAGCCGAAAUUUAAGUAUGCUUAGACUACAAAAUGAGAUCUUUCCAACGAUUUUAGAGCAGAAUGAAUGCAUGAUUACCACAGGGUGCGCUGGAUAAAUCUGCAGUGAUCAUAAGUCUAGCAGCUUAGUGUAAAUGCACUGAUCCGGAUAUGUGACAGGGUAAAUAUGGCCUGCAGCGGCAGCAGUAAACAGUGGUACUCCUUAGAUUUAUUUGAUCUCUUCUAGACUCUAUACUUGGAUCUUCAGACCAAAGACAAAUUUGCAGUUUAAGUUUCAGCAUGUACAUAUGGUGUGUACAGUAUGUUCACAAUGCAAUUACCAAGGGAACAUAGCCAUGUCUCUGGAAAUAUGAUAAAAGUCCCUAGAAUUGCAUUAACUCUUCAACUAUGUCAGUUCAACGUUGAUAAAUGUAUAAAUAUAAAUGUAGCAGUCAUUGGCAAAGUGUAAUUCAAGAAGGUCACAGGCUAAUAUUUUUGUGAAAUAUCAGAGCAAAUGUUUUUGGCAUACUUUUUUUCCUCCUCCAGACUCAAUGUCUGUGUGGUGAAUUAAACAUUAAAUAUUUUAGAUUUUAUAUCAGAGAUGUUUGCUUUUUAUUUUCUUUCUUAAAUAGUGUUUAUCUUUUUUGCUUGUAUUUUGUCAUUUAGUGCAGUAGAGGAUGGUGGUUUGGAACAUGUGUGUAUGAUCUGUUUGGUUAGUUGCUUUAUUUGUUGCUAAAUUUGUAAUUGUAUUUGUGGCUUUGUAUCUCUUUUGGGUUUUAAGGCAUUUAAGGCUAAGAGGAAUACAUAAACAAGUGUGUGUUUUAAUGCACAUUUUUAAUUUUACAAAAUUAUUUGUGUUGAUUUGUGUUUAUUAGUCUUUUCUACUAAGUCUUUAUAUGUGGUUUUACAAAAGCAGCGUAUGUGUUCUUUCUUACAAAAUGAACCCCUUUUAGCAUAAUUUUAAGCAGCAUUAAAAGUUUGUUUGUAUUUGUUUUUCUCCAUGUCUCAUCUUCCCAUUUUAAUUUGUUUUUUCUUGUCUUUAACAUUUCUCUCGGUUAUGUGCCUUGCAAGAAACAUUUCAAAUGCCUUUCACAACUUAUUGUUACAAAUAUCUUACUGUGCCUGCAAAUGAAAAUCCCUAAAACAGGGGUACAAUAUAUCCACAUAA